AAAAAAUAUAAAAAUCAUUUCCCGUUUACCGUUAUCAAUAUUUCAAACGGGUAAAGUUCUGUAUAGAGUGUCAAAACUGUCACUGUGAUUAGUGCAUUGUGGCCUGUCGUCAAUAUGAUGGACGUUGGAAUGUACGGAAAUCAUUCGAAUAGUUAUCAUGCCGUUGGCGGUGGCGUUAGCGGUGGUGAAAUGGGAUCCAAUGGAUACACGUAUUCCUUUCCACCAGCUGCGGCUGCAACAAGCCAUCCAUAUCAUAGCCAUCAUCAUCAUCAUGGCUAUGGCCAGACGCUCGAUUCGAGCAAUAUCUACCAGCUAACUCCGCCGCAUGGCAACAAUCACCAGCAACAACAGCAGCAGGCGCAAGCUACUGCAAAUCCUGUCUAUUCGCACCCGCAUUUGUAUAGUCCUUCGGCAGCGGAAUACGGAAUAUCGACAACGCCGCAACAUCCAUCGAGUAAUUCACCCACCGACUCGUACUAUGAGAGCGACAGUGUGCAUUCGUUUUACGGGACAGCGUCAGCUGCAGCGCCAGGCAAUCCGUCAUCGACCAAUAUUCAAGAUGGAUCGAUCAUUAGCUCGGAGAACGGUUUGAGCUAUACGAACCUGGAUUGCUUGUAUAACCAGAGUCCGCAUCAUCAUUCGCAGCAUAAUGGUGGAGCUGCCGGGUAUGGAAUGCACACGAGCGACGAGGUGAAGUUAACCAUGCACUCUCCAUAUGGAUUGAGUGAGGAUUCUCUGAUGCAACAAUCAGCGGCGGGUCAGCAACAAAAUACCCAUGGAAGUAUGAUGGGCUCAAAUGCGUGGCAUCAUCAUACACAGCAUUUACAGCACCCGCCGGCACAUCAUACCGCAUCGAGUGCUGCGACAGCAGCGGCGGCGGCAAUGGCAGCGGGAUAUCCAUCAAGUGCGACAGGCAUGGAAGGAGCGAUGGUAUUGGAGUCUAUUGCUAAUAUGACUUCUAGCCGUGUCGGGCAAAUGGGUAAUAGCGGAGGAUUGGGAAGUUCGAGUAAUAGUUCAAGAAGUCAACAUGUUGUUUCGCCGGGUGGAACAACACACACACUAACUGCACAACAGCAGACUUCACCAAAUGGACUGCCGACAUAUAAGUGGAUGCAGUUGAAACGGAAUGUGCCAAAACCUCAAAUACCAAAACUACCUGCCACAAUACACGAGUACCAAAUGAAUACUCAACAAUUGGAAAUUUGCCGUUCCGCAGGAAUGGGACAAGGAGUGACAAACAAUCCCCUGCUGUUAAUGGGUAAUGGCUCUGUCAAUAAUAAUAGCAACAAUUCAGGACGAACGAAUUUCACCAACAAACAGUUAACAGAAUUGGAAAAGGAAUUCCAUUUCAAUCGAUACCUGACGCGAGCUCGUCGUAUCGAAAUCGCAAAUACACUUCAACUUAAUGAAACUCAGGUGAAAAUAUGGUUUCAAAAUCGACGAAUGAAACAGAAGAAACGAGUGAAAGAAGGCCUUAUUCCAGCAGAUGUAUUAAAUCAACAACAACAAUCCACUUCCGGUCAAAGCAAUAACAGUAACAGCAGCAAUAAUGCGAACAAUAACAGCAGCAGCAACAGAAGUUUGUCACCGAAUGCAAGUUGCAUAUCGCAGGCACCAAAUACACACACCAAUAGCUUAGAUUGCCCUCUGCCGGGAAGUAGUGAAAACAGUCGGGAAUCUAAUUAAUUCAUGGUACUGUGUCUUGGAAAAUAAGAAAAUUCUAGUAGCAGAUACACGAACCGGAUAUUCACUGUGUGUUUUUUGCAGAAUUUGUUUUGAUUUCCGCUGCUGUACAAAAAUAAACGUCAAUUGACAAGCAAUUUUAACAGAAAACUGUUAACUUUGUUGAAUUUUAUGCAAAUAAAUUGUAAAUAAAUCCAUAACUCAGGGCUUACCUCAUAAUAAAUAAAUUAGAAUUAAUUAGUAAAUUUCAAUUUAAAUGUUAUAUUAUUUAACAAAAGAAAAAAUUAAAUAAUAAAUCAUAAACCCCUAAUUAAGUAUGCUUCUGCCAAGUUGUCUGGCAUUGCUAAUA